AUGGCGGGUUCGCACGCCAGGUCCUCCAGCAAUGACUUCACCUCCAGCUUUCUUCUAGAUCCACUUCGACCACGAAGAACUCUUGAACUGCCAGAUGGAACAUGGGUUUCAAGGGAUACCUUUGAAACUCUGAACGAGGUCGACAGCCCCUCCAGCCAUGACUUUGGACCCUCACCAUUGGAGAAGACACCGGGAAACAGCCCAUCAGGCCCGGUGACGUGGAUGUCGCUUCCCCGGAAAGACCAGCUCUUCAUACUCUUCCUCUCGCGAUUUGUCGAUUUCCUUCAGGUGGCUUCGCUUCAAGCCUACGUCUUCUAUCAGCUGAAAGCGUUCGACGACUCUCUCUCAGAUGCCCAGAUCUCGCAGCAGGCGGGCGUGUUGCAAGGAUGCUUCACGGGAGCCCAAGUGAUGACGGCCAUUCUCUGGGGUAAGGCCGCUGAUGCAAGCUGGUGUGGGCGGAAACGGGUGUUGCUGAUUGGACUCGCCGGAACGGCUGUGUCAUGCCUGGGAUAUGGCUUUGCGACAACGUUCUUCUGGGCGGCGUUCUGGAGGGCGUUUGGCGGUGCCAUCAAUGGGACUGUAGGAAUCAUUCGCACCAUGAUUGCUGAAAUCACCAAAGAGAAGAAGUACCAAUCCCGAGCAUUUCUGCUUCUCCCCAUGAGUUUCAACGUUGCGGGAAUCUUAGGUCCGAUCAUGGGAGGUAUGCUGGCGGACUCACCCCAGACGCUUCCUGGUCUCUUUGGAGAAAAGGCUGUCUUUGGCUUUCAGUGGGUGCGAGACUAUCCGUACGCAUUGCCGAGCCUCAUCAAUGCUGCUGGUUUGUUUAUUGUGACCUUGAUCAUCUUUCUCUUCCUGGAGGAGACAUCGAGAGCGCGCCGACAUAAGCCGGAUAUUGGCCUCCAACUUGGAUCUCGCAUCAAAGCCGCCAUAUUCGGCAAUCAUCAAUCGGAUGACUACGCUCGCGUUCCCCCUUGGGGGGCCCAUGCCACAGAAGAUUACGAAGACAGCGGUAUCCUCGCAGAAAAGCCAGCAGUCCGAAUGCAGCAGCUCCCCUUCCGCAGACUCUGGACGCGAAACGUCUUGUUUACGCUGCUCACGGGCGCCUUUUACGACUUCCAUCUUGGUGCCUUUGGCAACAUGUGGUCGCUGUUCUUGUCCACUCCUCGGUAUAUUAUUUCCACGCCGGAACGCUCAGAGAAGCUACGCCGAUAUCUGCCUCUGCUGUUUACGGGUGGAUUGGGUAUGCCUGCUUCGACCGUUGGCGUAGCGACAUCCUUCCUAGGCUUCGUUGGCAUGUUCCUGCAAGUCACACUGUAUCCUCCCAUUCAAGCCCGUCUCGGUACGAUGAGGUCCUUUCGAUGGUUUCUGUUCCUCUUUCCAGUUGCGUAUUUCGUCGCCCCCUAUCUCUCCAUCCUGCCGUCUUGGUCACCCCCUCCUGAACCGGCAUCGGGAGGCUUCAUCUGGGCGGGAAUUAUCGGUGUCGUGUUUCUUCAGGUCAUGGCUCGCACAUUUACUCUCCCGGCCAGCAUCAUCUUGCUCAACAACUGCAGCCCGCAUCCUAGCGUGUUGGGCACAAUUCACGGCUUGGGACAGAGCGUGUCUGCACUGUUCCGGACGGUUGGGCCCGUGAUUGGAGGCUGGUGGUACGGCUACGGGCUGGACAUUGGGAUGGUGGCUUGGGGAUGGUGGGGAGUUGCUGCUGUGUCUCUUUUGACGUGUGGCACGGCCUUGGGGAUGCAUGAUGGGAGUGGGCAUGAGAUUUUGCUGGAAGGGGAAGAGUUGGAAUAG